AGCUUUACGAAUAAAGUUCCAAACGGGAACGGUCCUAUGGCCGAGUACAAUUACUGGCACGAUCGAGAGAACGGGCUUUCCAUUCUAGUUGAACAACUAAAAACGACGGUGGUUGAACGAAUUUUUCUCCUGCUUAAUAAAGCGAAAUCCCAGAUCCCCAGUGGGUUCAACUAUUACAGAACGGAUCUGUUGAAGCUUUUUCACGAGGCUGCGGAUAACGUCAAAUUCCUUUACACGAUCACUAGGCAUUUCAAGACGAUGGCAGAGUCGGACAACUUCAAAUCGAUCACCGAACAGAUUCCUUCGCUUAUGGAAGGGCUUAGAAUGAUGUGGAUUUUAUCUCGGUAUUAUUGUACCGAAGAAAGAAUGUCACCAUUGUUCGAACGAAUUGCUUGGCAGCUUCGUCAAACUGUUACUAAACACUUGGCCGUCAAAAGAUUGUUCAGGCAGCCGAUACAGCUUGUUCUUAGAAGGACAAAUGAAGCUUACGACAUGCUAAAACAAUGGAAAAUUUCAUAUAUGACGACAAGAGAGGCUAUAGAAUUGUCCGGGAAAGGAGCUCGUUGGGAAUUCGAUAAAGGUCGUUUAUUCAAAGAAACGGAAUACAUUGCCAGCGUGUGUAAAGAUCUGAAUAAAAUCUGUAACGUGCUGCAGGAUUUUCAUAAUAUUUUCGGCGCUGAAUUGAAAGCGAUUAUGAAUAAUCCUGAACAGAUAGAUGGGGUGAUAAAGCGCGUCGAUAAACUUGUUGUCCCAGUACAGCAAGCAGAUUUUGAUUUUUACACGGAAUUCAACAAGGAAAAUUGGGAGGUUUUGAUGUCCUCUUUUUACGACGAGGUCUCAUCAUUGGAAAACGAAGCGAAAUUUUUCAUCAAUGACUGCUUCACCGUUCUGAUAUCGGCGGAAGAGGCGAUGCAAGCUCUCCUCAAGUUCAAAAACAUGAAAACACGGGAUGCAAUUCAGGAGCAGUUGCUUACUAAAUUCGAUGUUGUCAUGCAACAGUUUAUUAGGGAAAUCUCAGGAGUGGGACAAAUUUUCAACAAAGGAAAACGCAAUCCUCCGCUUCUCAGGUACCACCCACCAGUGGCAGGUGGAAUAUUUUGGGAACGGCAACUUUUUCAUCGACUGAAAAGAGCUGUAUUGAAAUUUCAAAAUGUGAAGGAACUGAAGAACAGCGAACUGAAAAUUCUCGCGUUUGAAAAGUACCUCAACAUCGCGAAGCAAAUGAAGUUGUUCGAGGAUACGAAAUACAAUCAAUGGAUCGAAACCGCUUGUACCACCGUUGAGAGUACUUUAAAGAAAAGUGUAUUAACUAUCGUGGCCUGCGAACGAUCCAAAGGUUAGUGCUUUGAGCGAUAAAUCGUCUACGGUAGAACGGUAGAUCUACGUUUCAUGUGUUAAAACGAAUGGGCUACAUCGGAUCUUUGUUACUGCGCACAGAU